AUGUUCUGCGACACAAGCCCAGGGGCGGUGGCCAUGGUCCGUCAGCUGCAGCCUCAUCUGCACAUUGAGACUGACGCGUGGGUCUCAGAGCAGCUAAAAGGCAAAAUCGCUGAUGUGCGCACAGCCAAGGAGGGCCUUCAGCACUACUUGACUGCCAUGGAAACCAGCAGCGCUGCUGAGGCGUAG